CACAGACAGACAUGGAGCUGGUGUUUGUUUUUCAUGGCUUAAUUGGGAGAUGACCCGGCGGGUGAUAUGGAUUAAUCGUGGAUUGUACUUCUAUAAUAGAUAGAAAGUGUCUCUAGAAUGAUUUUAGUGUAACACGUGGACUGUCCACCAUGUCCUGGUUUGACGUAGCAGUUAAAAAACUUGGCUUUCCUACCAUUGAGUUGUUUGUAAAGGCGGGAAGUGACGGAGAGAGCAUUGGUAACUGUCCAUUCUCUCAGAGACUCUUUAUGAUCCUGUGGCUUAAAGGAGUCAUCUUCAACGUCACCACUGUCGACCUCAAACGAAAGCCGGCUGACCUGCAGGACCUCGCUCCAGGAACCAACCCUCCGUUUGUGACCUUUAACGGCGAGGUCAAGGUGGACGUCAACAUGAUCGAGGAGUUCCUGGAGGAGAAACUGACCCCGCCGCGCUACCCCAGGCUGGCUCCGAAACAUCGACAGGCCAACACUGCCGGCAUCGACGUGUUUGCCAAGUUCUCAGCUUACAUCAAAAACCCAAGAAAAGACACCAACGACGCCUUAGAGAAAGCCUUGCUAAAGUCUCUUCGGCGUCUUGAUGACUUCCUGCGGACUCCCCUGCCUGAGGAGAUUGAUGCUUACGCCUCAGGCGACCUCCCCGAGUCUUCCAGGAGUUUCCUAGACGGGGCUGAGCUCACCCUGGCUGACUGCAACCUCCUGCCCAAACUACACAUCCUUAAGGUCGUAGCUAAGAAAUACCGCGGCUUUGAGAUCCCGGCGGAAAUGACGGGGGUGUGGAGGUAUUUGAACUGCGCCUAUCAGAGGGAGGAGUUCACCAGCACGUGCCCCGCCGAGCGGGAGAUCGAAUUUGCCUACCUGGAUGUUGCAAAGCGGAUCAAAUGAGAGCAAGGGGUUUGAGAGGAAGGAAAGAAUGGAGAUGGAUGAAUGAGAUAAAACAGAGAGUUGUGAAAAAGCAGCAAAUGGUUACAACAGAAAACAUAAAAAGCAACAAGAGGUUAGAAAUAAAGUAGAACAGUCAGAAACACGACUGUAAGGUGUUUGGGUGACGCUGAAUUGAUCAUGUGAAGAGUAAAGAGAAGGAUGAAGAGAUGCAGAAGCAACAGGUGAAUAAAAGGAGGAUGAGAAGAACGCACAGAACGCCACCCUAACACCAAAACAUCUUUUAAUUCCUUGAGUUUGAUAGCUCUGCAUUGACGAGUGGAAUGCUGAUUGUACCUGUGUGUGUGUGUGUGUGUGUGUGUGUGUGUGUGUGUGCUCUCACAGGUUGGGUUGCACCGUUAUCUUCUGUAUCUUAUGCUAAUCGUUCUACAAGUAAUCUAUAAAUUAGAGAUCUGCUUGCAGAAUUAAUUCCUGAUUCCCUUCAUAUUCACUUUUCAGACGAUGGCAGGACCAGGUUCACUGCGAGAAACAGAAUAAGUAGCACACGUAUGCAGCUCGUAUGCAUUUUCACUCAGUAUUACAGGAGGAAAAAUUAAGAAAUUAACUUUUAGCAAAGCGUUUGAUUAACCACUAUAAACUACGUCAAUCACUCUCAAUCUAAUAACUGCAUUUUUGUAGUGGUACAUGUAAAAUACGAGCACUAGGACAAUGUCUCUAUGAGUAUCAAAUGACCUAAUCUUUAAAAGGAAGCUAACUAGGACACGAUAAGUAAAUCAUAAUGUGUUUCCUGUGGGGACUGCUGAUAUUUUUUCAUGUUUAAUGCAUUACAUACAAUAAAAAAUGGCUCAUUUUGUUUGCUGUGUUUUAAUCAAUUAAUGUGGCCCAUAUUACAUUUACCUGAAAGCAUUCCGGGGAUAUCAGAAUCUAGAAUGAAGGAGAAAUCAUCCCCAAACCCCACAAUCUGAUUCAGACAACUUAUCCAGGAAUGUCCUUUUUAUUCCCUUGAAUGCAGUCCAACAUUAACCAACCCUGACGCCAU